AUGGCACAGAAAGAGUUACAAGAAGAGAAAAACAUGUUGGCCGACACUGUUGAAGACUUGAGAAAAACUGUGGAACAAUGUGGGACUGAAUCAGAAAAGGACGAGAACAGUUUAUCUGCGCUGCAAGCAAAGAAAACUGUUCUUACUGUGGAAAACCAGCAACUUAAAUGCAAGCCUACAGAACAUAAUUAUGAUCUUCAGGACAGCAAUCAACCAGACAGCCUCACCUCAAACUCAUCCUUCCACUCAACCCAGGACGAGCUGGAGCUGCCUGUGUCGCAAACAGACAAAGUGACUGAAGAGGAGGAACCUGAGAGGGGGAAAGCAAGGAGAAAAGAGGAGAUACACUCGCUCCACCAGGCUUUUGAGAGUGUGCGGGUAAAACUAAUAGAAACCAGAGAAGAGAGACGCUCCCUCCAGGUCCAACGCCAGCCCGAGUGCCUGCGGGAGUACAAUGUGGAGGUGAGAGAGAAGGAACGUGAGGCUGAGCUCAUGGACAGUCUGGCUGAGCUUCAGGCCAAACUUUCAGACACACAAGAGAGAUUCCACCAGGCCCUGGAGGAGGUGGAGGAGCUGAGGGUGCAGAUAGGAUUAGGAGACAAUAAUGAGAGACAGGAACAACAGGCAAGAGCACUAAUGCUUGAACAUGAAGUUAAACAACUCAGAGCUCAGCUCUUGCAGUCGGAAAGCCAAAAUAGGAACUUUCUCCUUCAAAUUAAACAUCUGGAGCAGGCUUUAAGGAGAGCUGAGGUAAAGCACAAGGAAAAUGAACUCCAGAGCAUUCAACAUGAAGAGGCCCAAGAGGAGAUAAAAAUGCUUCAAGCGGCUCUAAGGGGAACAGUUUCAGUGGAAGCUGCUGCUAAAGACUUUAAAGACAUGAAGGGGGAGUUGAGCGAAGUGAUCUCUGGACUUCAGAGGCGCCUGCUGGAGCUCUCACACUCGUACAGUGACACAAAGAGCCAGCUUAGCGCUGCACAAAAAGAACUAUCGGUAAGCAGUGCCUCUACCUCUCCAACUUCAGAACAGCAGCAGGAACAGUCUGAAGCCCUCAAACGAGUGGAGGAGAUAAAAGCAUGUCUUCUGGAGACAGAGAGCAAGUACUUUGCUGCUCAACAGGAGAUCUCACAGCUCCAGCAGGAGGCUGAAAAACAGCUGGAUAAUUCAGUGACUCUCACAGACCACACACAGGUUGUGGCUGCUCUGGGAAAUGCCAUUAAAGAUCUGGAGAAAGAACUGGAGUCGGUUAAAGAGCAGUUACAGCUGAAGACAUCGCAACUGGAUGCUCUUCAAAAUGGAUUUUCCACCAAUAAAUCUUUAGAUGACUCAGUGCUUCUUCUAGAACGUGACAUGUUGAAAGACCAGCUGAAGGGUGAGGUGAGCCACCUCACAGAAAUCCUCCAAGGGGCACUCCGGAAGCAGGAUGAGAUGGCCCUUGAGGCUGCAGAUGCAUGGCAGCAGGCUCGCAAUUACCGUGCUGAAGGAGAGGCCCUGCAGGAGCUGAUGAUGUCGAGGGAAAAGGACAACCAGAGUCUCAGCAAUCGACUGGCUGAGUCUCAGGACGCCGUUCAUCAACUGAAGCAGCUGGUGGAAAACCAUGUAGCCUCAGAGCGAGAGAAGAACAAACGGAUCGAUGAUCUAUCCAGAGAGGUCUGUAAGCUGAAGGAUGCCUUAAACAGCUUGUCACAGCUCUCGUACAACUCCAGCUCUCCCUCUAAAAGACAGCAACAAAACCAGCAGCAGGAGACAAUGCAGCAGCAAAUCAAACAGCUUCAGUAUCAGCUGGCAGAUUCAAAGAAGCAGCACCAAGAAAUUGUUUCUGUUUACAGAAUGCACCUGCUCUAUGCUGCCCAGGGUCAGAUGGAUGAAGAUGUCCAGAAAGCCUUGAAGCAGAUUCUCAUUAUGUGUAAGAUGCCGAGCCAAGUCAAGAAGGCCUGCUGA